AUGCGGUUGACUAUAUUGGUAUCAGUACUAAUUUUGGGGUUGGUAGCAGCUGAGCUGCCAUUGGCCGAAAAAUGUAACGAAGAACUAUGUAAGCUGCCAAACUGUAGAUGUUCGUCCACAAACAUUCCUGGUGGAUUCCGUCCAAGGGACACUCCUCAGUUUAUCACACUGACCUUCGACGAUGCAGUCAACGUCAGAAAUAUGGCAACUUACCGAGAGAUUCUUUACAAUCGCAAGAAUGCCAAUGGGUGCCCUAUUGGAACUACAUUUUACGUCAGUCAUGAGUACUCUAACUACCACCUUAUCAAUGAAUUGUAUAAUCAAGGAUUUGAAAUCGCCCUACACUCGAUCACCCAUAGAACUCCUACUGAGUUCUGGGCAGCAGCCAGCUAUAAAGAUUUGAAGGAAGAAAUUGCGGAUCAAAAAGAACUUAUUGCUCAUUUCGCCAACAUUCCUCAAGAGAGUAUCCGAGGUGUACGUAUACCAUUCCUGCAGCUGGCUGGCAAUACAAGCUACCAAGUAAUGGCUGACCAUGGAUUAGAAUACGACUCUUCCUGGCCCACUAGUGAAAUAUUAAAUCCAGGCCUUUGGCCCUAUACCUUGGACUAUGCAUCCAUUCAGGACUGCCCGGUCCCGCCUUGCCCAACUGCCUCCAUUCCAAAACCUUGGGUACAACCAAUGCUCUCUUUUAGGGACACUAUGGGAUUCCCAUGUGCUAUGGCUGAUUCUUGUUUUUUCACUCCAGUCGUUACCGAUGUGGACGCAUGGUACAAGCUCUUCAUUAGAAAUUUUGAGAGACAGUACUUCGGCAACCGAGCUCCUUUCGGCUUCUACCUCCACGAGUGGUACCUUGAAAGUCAACCUGGAGUUAAAGCCGCUUACAUCAAAUUCCUUGAUACAGUCACUAGAUUGAGUGAUGUUUUUCUGGUAAACCAUGGGGAAGUCUUAGACUGGGUUAAAAAUCCAGUUCCUUUGAAUGAAUACAUGAAAAAACCCUGCAGAUCUUUUACUCCAACCAACUGUGCAAUGAGGUCCUGUCAUGCUUUCGAACCAAACAAUAGGAAAAAUUACUGGUUUGAUAUAUGCACUAACUGUCCACGUCUUUAUCCCUGGGUGGGCAACCCACUAGGAGCAUAA